ACACAGUAUGGCCGGCGAUAUUAGCUAGCGCUCGCUCAAUCGCGUUCUCUGUAACAGGGGAAUCGAUAUAACGGGAAAUAAGAGACUGCAUCGGAGGAAUUCACUAUCCAUCACAUACAGAAACACCCAACAUCGACCACCAAGCUUAACACCUCAUAGAACCUUCCGAACGCCGAGGAAGAAGCUAAACACUAAGAAUAUUCUAGAAUCAUUUAAUUUUUAACACGAAAAGAAAAAUCGGGCGUGGGAGGAAAGUAAUCUAAGCAGAUAUCUAUUUUCCGUUUCUCGUUAUUUUCUGCGUUGUUAGUGGGUCUCCGGCUGCUGGGGGGGAGAUGGAGGACAGCGGCGCGCACUUCUUCGAGGGCACCGAGAAGCUGCUGGAGGUCUGGUUUAGCCAGCACGAUGAGACCAAAGGAUCCGGAGACCUUCGGGACAUCCCAAGGUUUGAGUGGGACAAACUUUUGGAGAAUGUCCAUUGUUUGAUCAUCAGUGUGACAAAAACUGACAAGCAGGAAGCUUAUGUACUCAGUGAGAGUAGCAUGUUUGUCUCCAAGAGACGUUUCAUUUUGAAGACAUGUGGUACCACCCUCUUACUGCAAGCACUGGUUCCCCUGUUGGAGCUCGCUAGGGAAUACUGUGGGUUUGAUGACAUUCAGAACUUCUUUUAUUCACGAAAAAAUUUUAUGAAACCAGACCAUCAGGAAUUCCCACACAGAAAUUUCCAGGAAGAAGUUGAAUUCCUCAACGAAAUUUUUCCAAAUGGUGCAGCUUAUUGCAUGGGACGCAUGAAUUCUGACUGCUGGUACCUGUACACCCUAGAUGUUCCGGAUGGGUUUCUCAUCAACCAGCCAGAUCAGACACUGGAAAUUUUAAUGAGUGAGCUUGACCCAGAGAUCAUGGACCAGUUCUACAUGAAAGAUGGUGUUACUGCAAAUGAUGUCACUCGUAUGAGUGGAAUUCGUGACCUGAUACCAGGUUCUGUCAUUGAUGCUACAAUGUUCAGUCCUUGUGGCUAUUCAAUGAAUGGGAUGAAAUCAGAUGGAACUUACUGGACCAUUCACAUCACUCCAGAGCCAGAAUUUUCCUAUGUUAGCUUUGAAACCAAUGUCUCGCAAACUACUUAUGAUGACCUCAUUAGUAAAGUUGUGGAUGUUUUUAAGCCAAGGAAAUUUGUUACGACCCUUUUUGUUAAUCAGAGUUCCAAAUGUCGCACAACAUUCACUUGUGCACAGAAGAUUGAAGGCUUCAAGCGACUUGAUCGCCAGUUCGCUCAGUUCAACGAUUAUAAUUUCGUCUUCACCAGUUUUGCAAAGAUCCAGUCACAGCAGAGUUGAUUAGUAAAGAUGAAGAAAAAACGCAAAAAGAAAUCAAAUAAAAAAGGUGUUGGGUGCUUGCUAGCUAAUGUCGCCAGGGCCAAUGGUUUCCACUACCAUCACCUUCUAGUUACAGGAAGCCCUGAAUAUAAUCCUAGUAUGAGUUUGAAUUGUAACCAUUAUACCAAGGCGUUAGAUAACUUGCAUGAACGCCCUCUCCUGUGUGUAGAUAUUCAAUGCCACUCUUGCUGUGAAAUUGAAGUGCAUGUAGAAAAGAUAAACCCAUACAGUACUAGAUUCAAUAAUACAUGUAAAAAUGCACCUAGGUCAACCCCCAGCUUAAUUUUUCUACAGGUAUCCCCCAAAAUUCCACACAGACAAGGUUUUCGUCCACACUAGCAAUAUUGUAAGGCCUUUACAAUGCCUUGUGAACUGCGGGGUUAAAUGUAUGCUGUUUCAUCACUGGACCAUGUUUUCUGGCUAUAUGGAAUUUAUUUUUCACAAAUAAAAUUAUUUUGCGCAUAGUUUAAAA